CCACCCAAACCGCGAGCAUGCGCAGUAACCUGACCUUCCUAGCCGCUUCCUCGUCGCUCGUCUUGUAGUCCGACGAGGACCUUGGAUGGGUAUUAGAUUUAGCUCUUAAUUUCCAGCAUUUGGGUCAGUGUGCAAAGAUUCAACCAUGCCCACGAAGGUGGACCUGCCCACCUUGGACGAGCUCAGCGUUGAUGAGGUCAACGUGUCAUCGGCGGUGCUGAAGGCAGCAGCUCACCAUUUUGGCUCCCAGUGUGACGCACCCAACAAGGAGUUCAUGCUGUGCCGCUGGGAGGAGAAGGACCCCAGGAAGUGUCUCGAAGAAGGCCGCAAAGUCAACGCGUGUGCACUUAACUUCUUCAGGCAAAUAAAGGGCAACUGUGCCGAGUCGUUCACGGAGUACUGGACCUGUCUGGACUACUCCAACAUCGCCGAGCUGCGCCGCUGCCGCGCGGAGCAGAAGAGCUUCGACGGCUGCGUCCUGGACAAGCUUGGCUGGCAGAGACCCGACCUCGGGGAGCUGUCCAAGGUGACCAAGGUGAACACCAGUCGUCCUAUCCCAGACAACCCCUACCACUCCCGGCCCCGCCCCGAGCCCAACCAGGCCAUCGAGGGCAAGCUGGAGCCCGCCAAGCACGGCAGCAAGAUGUUCUUCUGGAGCUGGUGAGGGAGGGCCGGAGCCACGGGCUCUGGCGCGACCUCUCUGGGCAUCGGACCCUCAGACGGUCCGAGACAAGGGGGGCUCACACCAGAUCGUACCGGGGCACCAACCUGGUUCUUCUGGCGUUGUCAAACACGUCUUUUUUGACUCAAAGAAUAGUUCUGUGAACAAGGCUUGCCUCUCUUAUCCUUCCUCAUGCCCUUAUGUAAAUGUAACGAGUGGACAAACAACGACACACUGUGUUAUGGUUUGUGUUGGGAAAAACUAUAAUAAAAGUCUAAUUUAAAACUC